AUGGCACAUAGCUUUUAUCGGUAUGAUAUCGGAAAUAAGUGGCGGCUUCAGGUGGCAAGAAUUAUUCCUAAUGUUAUAUCUGUAACUGUGCCUAUAUCACCUUAUAUUUUUAACUUUGUUCCACACAGGGUGGGGUCACAUCAAAGUUUAGUGGUUAGCUGCAGCGUAACAGAAAGAAGUAACUCGGGGUUUUACACCGUGCACUUAUCGGGGGGGAGUGGAGACAGCUGCGGCAGUAGCGGAAGCGGCGGCGGGGGCGGCAGCGGCGGCGGCAAGAAGGGGCGCCACCACCGGUCCAAGUCGCUCGAACGGCACCAGGGCGCCCGCAUCCACCCUGUGGCGCCCGUCGCGCACCACCGCCACACGCGCUCCCUCGAGAGGAACCACAAGUUCAGGGUCGACCUCCGCGCGCCCUUCCCGACCAAGGACGAGCCGCCCGAGCACCAGGCGCCGCCCCCGCCCCCGUGUCUGACGGCCACGCACGUGCCGUGGGCGCCGGAUGCAGUGCAGGGCAGCAUAGAGCAGGACACGCAGCAGCAGGUGUGGCUGGGCGGCAUGGAGGGCGGGCACGGGGGCGGAGCGCUCCUUCUCAAAACGCGCGGGCUGCUCCCACCCCACCACCAGUUUGGCCGGGAAGCAUCUGCUCGCGUCAGGCCUUUGUGUAUCUACCUGUAUGUGUGGCUCUAUAGUUUCAUGUUUUUUUUCACUUUUCAGUAUAUUGGCUGCCUGAAAGUCAACACGUCCAUGAAGAGUUUGAAUUUUGAUACCAGGUCUUUAAUAGCAAAAGAAUGCAUCAGCAGAGUGUGUGAAGCAGCAGGCCUAAAAACUGCCGACAGGAAAAGGAAGGUAGUGAAGACCAUAGGCAGGAUCCUGGGUGAGAGACCCAUGAUGGAGCAUGCUGGAAGCAAUGUGAACUUGACUAUCACAAGCACAGCUCUCACUCUCUCCAUCUUGGAGUCUGGGCAGGUAGUGGCAUGUCAUGAUAUGCCCAACAUAUCCUUUGCUUCAGGGGGAGAUCCGGAUACUUUAGACUUUAUUGCCUAUGUAGCCAAAGACAGUCGUUAUGGACGUGCAUGCUUUGUGUUGGAGUGUGGUGGAGGUCUGGCACAGGAUGUAAUAACAACAAUCGGCCAGGCUUUUGAACUCAGGUUUAAGGAGUACCUCAAGAGAACCCCGUCCGUCCAGUAUACCAGCGUAAAAUCUGAUAAGUCAGGUAUGAAUGGCGAGGGUGCUGGUUGGGGUCGUGAUGACCCGGAAUACUAUAAUGACCUCCCUGGAAAGGUGCCUCCAGACCUUCCCCCACCUCCAGUUCCUCCUCUCCCUCAAUACUCGGCCUCUGACAGUAAGAGACCCGCUAUGGUUACAUCAGUGCAGGUGCCUGCAACUUCAUCAAGCAGUGGGUCCACGAGCUCUGUGUCUCCAGUCCCUUCUUCGGGAGCCUCAACUAUACUCCUCAACUCACACCAGCCACUCACAGGAAAAGUGUCUGACAACUUGAUAGAUUUUACCUCGGAAGGAGCCCAACCUCCCCCUAUGCGGUGUGAGCCAGAAUACGUCAAUGAUGCUGUUAUUAAGCAGAAGCAACUUCUUGACCAAAGAGAUCCAUUUGACAUGCAGCCCUUCAUCACCCAGUUAUCACAACUAAGUGGAGGUGUUAGUGGUGGCAGUGCAGCUGGAGCCAUUGGUGGAGCAGGAGCUGUAGCUUCAGGAACUGUACCCAGUUCUGGGGCUGUCGGAGGGAAUACAAAACCUCUCCCACUGAACCAGCGAUUACAGCUACAGAGGGAGCCUUGGUUCCAUGGUGCUAUUAGUAGGAAGGAGGCAGAGAUGCUGUUGGUGCAGGAUGGUGAUUUUCUGGUGCGUGAAUCCCAGGGAACUGCGGGCCAAUAUGUUUUAACUGGAAUGCAGAACAAUACAAAGAAGCACCUCUUGUUGGUUGAUCCCGAAGGAGUGGUCCGGACAAAGUCAAGAACUUUUGACAGUGUCAGUCACCUGAUCAACUACCACCGAGACAAUGAGCUGCCCAUAGUAUCGGCAGAGUCAGCCCUUGUCUUGCGCAAUCCUGUGUUAAGACGUAUACGUUAGCACUCAAGAGCAAAAUAUAUAUAUAUAUAUAUGUAUAUAUAUAUAUAUAUAUAUAUAUAUAUAAAGACUUUUUUUAGCCACAGAGAAACAGUGAUAGUGCACAUAUAUUAUAAAAGAAGAGUGUCAUGCAGCAGUUAGCAAGCUGAGCAUUUUUUUUUUUUUUUUUUUUUUUUUUUUUUUGAGAGGGGGAGGGGGAAGCCUGUUUGCAGCGGCUGUGCGACCCACGCAACAACAGUCUCAACUUUGGGUCACCAUCAUCAUCUGCAAGGCUUUUGAUUUUAUGUAUAUUUGCACAUACAAACAUAAAUUAUGAUUUAUUUCUUUUGAUUGUUAUUGUUUAUGUGUGCAAUUAAAUUUAUUCCUGUUUUUAAUGAUAUACUGAAAAGAUAUAAAGUUUUGUGUAUUCCCUCAGUGUAAUCAGGCAAGUUGUUCUAACUAGCAUUUGCAAAAGCUCGUGGACUUAGUAUUCGUUUUUGUGCAACUGGGUACUUGAUGUAAGCUUUAUUGGGUAUAUCUGGAAGAAACAGGAAGUCAUUUAUAAAUAUUGUACAAGCAUAUGCCGAUAUUAAAAGAUGGAAAUACAAGGGCUUUGGAAGUGCUCUCUGUCGCCUCAGUCAGUGAGUGAGAGAGAGAUACUUGUAGCCAGAAAAUGCUCAUAAUGGAAUAGAAAUCCCAGCAUUUCUAGUUGGUAUACCCAGUGCUUGGUUUAAUUGGUUAUCUCCCGGGCAACUUAUCAUAGCUGUUUACACCCUUCAUUUUUCACUUUUUUUUCACCUGUUUGUGUUCAAAGAAUAUCACUAAUUUCAUGCUGAAUAUAUUUCUUGAAUAUUGUAAAAACAAAAAGUAACAAAAAAAUAAGUAUAUAACAUUUUAAAUGGGACACUUAUUUUUCUAAUGUCCAAUUUUUACAUUACUUAUUCUAAUGUAGUCCUUUUAUAAAAAAAAAAAAAAAAAAAUUCAGGUGUUUAUUCAUUGCACAAUUGCACAAAGUCUCCCCAUAGAAAGGAAAUCAGGACCUAUUAGUUCUUGGAUGUAAUUACAAAAGGCAUGUGUUGGGUGCUUUCAAACUGUUGUGAAUUUGUCUUGUUUCCCUUUUUUUUUCAAGGGAAAGAAGAGAGUAAAGUUCAGCAUAUGGUAAUAUUAAUUCAGAAUGUCACUAGGCAUCAUUUUUUUUUAUAUUUCAUUGUGAAAAAAAAAAAAAAAAAAAAAAAAAAAAAUAAUAAUAAUAAUAAUAAUUCCUGUAUGAGAAAAAGAAUAACAUGAAGUGCAUAUGAGGGUUGAGUCCCUUGUUAGUCAUUUGAUUUAAAAGUUUGAGCACUUGAUAUAGGCCUAGAUUAAAUAUAUGAUUAGACUGUCUUCUCUCCUUGUUUAACAGGAGUCUUGAUGAUUCCACAUCGAUUUUAUUGUCUUUUUUUUUUUUUUUUUAUAUAUAGAUGGCUAACUAGUCAGAAUUUGCCAUCAUGAAAAAUGUUUUAUUCUGAAUUUUUAUGUGUACAGUAAUAUAUACCUUUAAGAUAAGUAUCUUCACAUUUCAGUCUCCUAAUUAUUAGGCCAAAAUGCAAUAAUAGAAUGGUAAUAUAUACCCAUUGUUACAGGACAGUCAUCAGUCUCACAUUGUCUGGAACUUUGAGCUGUCAUUCAGCCCAAACAUGUGGUGGGAUUCCUUGAUUCCAAACAUUACUUUUUCUCAGCCAGGGAUGGGGCUCCAGGCUAUUGCAUUUUUUUUUUUUCUUCUAGAAAUUAUCCUCAUUUGUUUGUUGAUGCCAUUGCAUAGGUCAGUACCAUUACCACUGCAAAAUUGGCAGAAUAGUUGCAACUAAAUGUCAAGUUGACUUGAACAUGUGAUUUCUAUAUUCUUAAAAUUUAUACAGCUUGAAGUCUUGUCAGUUAAAAACUAGCCUCUGAACACUUAAAUAUUUUAUCAUGUGCUUAGCCAUUUGAUUUUUGUCUUCUCUUUCAUUUUUAAUCCCCACAUUGGUUCCUGAAGAAUGCGAGAUAGAUACUGAGCACAAUAGACCCUCCAAGUCUUUCCCUAAAGCCUUGCAUUCUUGUGCCCUCCCAUCACUUGUGCCUCGAACGGUUCCCGAGCUGUAUAACGGAUGAAUCUGUUUGGUGCUUGGCCCAUGGGUCUGACAACUCACUUUUAUAUAUGCUCAAAAUGUAUUAAUACAAUCCCAUUCAUUCAACUUUCUGGUAAAAAAAUAAGAAAAAAUAAAAGGAAAAUUUAAUAUGUAACACUGCUAAUAGCUGAAGUUACAGCUGGAGAUAAUGUUGUCCAUUAAAUUACAUGAGAAUGAGGAGGGUUAGCAGGUUGAUUGGUAGAAUUUGUUUCAUUUAUUUAUUUAUUUAUUUUUGUCAGUAGAUAUCUAAAAUAGAAAAAAUCUUGCCAGGUACACUUUGGCAGAUGGAGUGAAAUAAAACCUGAAAAUAACUGCAGAACUAAGCAUUAAAAUAUUUUUACAGCAACCUACAUUCUCCCAUUUAAUCAGUACAAAAUACUGUUUCCUCAGGCCUGGAAUAGUUCAUCUCUUUGGUUCUGUAAAAAAUAAAAAAUAAAUAUAUGUGUACAUAUAAACAGAUGAAGCACACUCACAAAAAAUACAUCUAUAUAAGAAUGAAUAGAGGCCCACCUUUUCCCUGUUGUAAAAGGCAGAACAAUGCAUUGAUUCAAUUAGUUUCAUAUACCCAAAAGUCUCAUUUCUUCAUAGAAAGAGAAAGUGUUUGAAAUGGACUUAGGUAAGAAUUUAUUUGAAAACUGCUCCAUAAAUUUGUAAAUAUUAAUAGGACACUUACAUUUUGAAAAAAGAAAGAAAAAAAAAAAAAAAAAAAAAAAAAAAAUGUGAGGGAACACUAAUUAUAUA